UAGCUGCCCGUGGCCCCAAGCCAAAAAGAGGGACUCUCUCUACCUGUGUACAAAGGUAUCCAUGGAACAAGUCCUUAUUAAAAACUUUUCGAAUGAGCGCGCGAGCGUUUUCUCAGAUCUUUCGUCUCGAAAAUAAUGAUAAAAAAAUCAUAAAAUUUAGAAUGCAACUGAGUGUUUUGUGACAUGAGUUUGGAUCAUCGUGAGAGACGAAAGGUUUCGAGAUAAUUUUUCAUUUUUCUCGAGAAAAUUUGUAUUUGUGCUAAAUAUAUAUAGAAGAGAGGAGAGAAAUGGCGGAGAUUUGUUGUGGCUUAGUGAGUGACGGUGAGGUCUCGGCGCCGGGAGAGUCGAGCUCCCGAGCGGCGAGGAGACGGAGAAUGGAGAUAAGAAGGUUUAAGUUCGUUACUGGUGUGGGGUCACCGCAAUCCGAUACGACGUUGGAGAGGGAGCAAAAGCGUCCGAAAGCUGAGGCCCGAGACUGUGAGAACGCUGUUGAGAAUUGCGUUUUGGAACAAGAGAGGUAUGAUUCAGGAAAUUCGGAUAGUAGUCAGCAGAUCUCAGUCUCAUUGUCGAGUUCGUUUCCUUCUGCGGCGACGACUACAACUAUCUCCAGUGAGCUUCCUAAGUUUGGGUUCGCCUCUGUCUGCGGAAGGCGAAGAGAUAUGGAAGACGCUUUGGCAAUUCACCCUUUGUUUUUCCGCCGGAACCAAGAAAUGGCGUCGGAAUUGCAUUAUUUCGGAGUCUUCGACGGCCAUGGUUGCUCUCAUGUGGCAACAAAGUGCCGAGAACGACUGCAUGAGCUAGUGAAACAGGAGCUUGAAAGUAAAGAGCCCUCGACGGAGUGGAAGAGCACGAUGGAGCGAAGUUUUUUUCGUAUGGACGACGAGGUGAUUGCCUGGAACGGCAGUGGGUUGGGAUCGAAUUGCAGGUGUGAGUUGCAGACGCCUGAGUGCGACACAGUGGGGUCGACGGCGGUUGUCGCAGUCGUCACGACGGACAAGAUCAUCGUCGCUAACUGUGGCGAUUCCAGGGCCGUAGUCUGUCGCAAUGGCAAGGCUGUUCCUCUCUCAUCUGAUCACAAGCCGGAUCGCCCAGACGAGCUCAGUCGGAUCCAGGCGGCGGGUGGUCGGGUCAUCUACUGGGAUGGCCCACGGGUUCUAGGAGUCCUAGCCAUGUCAAGAGCUAUAGGUGACAACUACCUAAAACCCUACGUGAGCAGCGAGCCGGAGGUGACGAUCACAGAUCGGACGGCGGACGACGACUGUCUGAUCUUGGCGAGCGAUGGGCUAUGGGACGUGGUAUCGAACGAGAUGGCUUGCGGUGUUGUCCGUAUGUGCCUACGUGGCAAGGGCGGAGCUUCGGCGUCUUGCUCAUCUCCUUUAUCACCGGACAGUAAAGUUCUGGCCAGUGGCGCGGCGGUAUCUGAUAAAGCGUGCUCGGAUGCGUCGAUGUUGCUGACGAAGCUGGCCCUGGCUAGGCACAGUACUGACAACGUGAGCGUGAUUGUGGUUGAUCUCCGAAGGGACACGUAACCCACAUUGAUGUGAUUUGCUAUUUUACGGUUUUUUUCUUUUCUUUUUUUGUGAUUUUUGACGGGUUUGGGCUGGUUAGUAUCGAGAGCGGGCGGGUAUGGUUUUUUUCUUUUAAAAAAAAUUAAAAGAAAAAGAAGAGAUUUAUACUGACAGAGCCCAGCUUGAUUCGCUGGUUUUUAAUUUUCGAAUGAAAUUAUUUAGCCCUGUCAAGUAUUACUAAAAUACUAUAAAACAGAAGUACAUAUUUAAUCAAGUAAAUAUAAUAGCAGUAUUCCUUUAUAUGAGCUGCUCUUGUUAUCAA